GUCGCGAAUAAAUAAUUGUGGGAAUACGCAGAAUUACCCGAAAAGGCAGGAAGCAGUAGUGUGUGAAAUGCGGGUGCCGAGGCCCCUCUGCUAGAUUUGACGAUGGUCCGUCCCCGCUCUGGUCACCAACCCUCCUCACCUCGUAUCCAGCUUGCACACAUCGCCUAUCGCAUGUCUAUGUCGCCCUGAACAUCACCCAAACUCUCCUCUGCCGCCUCCGUCUCUUCCCCUCUGAUACCUCUCCAUCGUUUACCCACCCCCGCCCGCUCUGAUACGGCCACCGUAGGUUCUGUCUCGUUCUCGGACUCGCCUUCUCCGACAGUAGCACCCAUCCCAGGGCCUACAUGUCCUCCGACUCGAGCCUCGCGCGCCGCCAACCCCCCAGCCCUCUUGUCUUCUCUCCCGAAGCCGUUCUGCCCCCCAUCCAGUCCCACUCGCAUUCCAGCAGCAAUGCCACCACGAGCGCCUCUGGUUCCGGUACAAACACCGUCUCCAUGCCCUUCGUGAGACGCCAUGUUACGCGUCGGCUCAAAGCUGCAAAGGCAGAGUGCGAUAAGGAGCUUGCCCGCGUCGUUAAUUCCAUCACCGCGUUCUUCGAGGAGCGCCUCAGAGACGGCGAUCAUGAGGCAGAGUCCGAACGUGAACAGCGCGAGCGUGGCCGGGAUCGCGAGUCCUCUACAGCCGAGCCGGAACCUCUGCGUGAGCCCUUUUUUCUUCAGCCAGCGGAGCUCAGGUCCGCCCUUCUCCAGACGGACAAUGUGAGCGUGAGCUCUGACGGUGGCUAUGAGGCUGAGCCGGAGGGAAGUUCUCAUAGCCGACAACGUGCGUUCCCCGAUGAAGAUCAAGCAAGCCAACACGCGCUGACCGGCGGGCCUCCGUCGCCCGGGCUUCUCACAGCGUCGGUAUGCUCCACCAGCCCCGCCUCUCUUCGCAGGCAUCCCACCCUUCCGCGGGAUCGGUCCCUCACAAACCUUGCCGCACCGAGCACCGGGACGUCCAGUCCUGUUCUGAGUGCAACGACCAGCCCUACCCCUCCUCCUGAACUUAUCAGCAGUCCGCGCAAGCAGGGUGCUGCUGUAGGACCGGCGAGGGAAUGGAGCGGCCAAACACUUGCCAACCGCAGGUUAUCUCGCACAAUCCACAUCUCCACUCGCGCGACUCGUUCCACUGCCAGCUCUCGAUCGACCUCCCGCUCACGAUCGCCGCUUCCACGCCCACACACAGAACAGUCGAACACCCGGCGUUCAUCGCGUAUCCUCGUAGAUGACCCUAUCGAUCCGAUCAUGUCGACGCUCUAUGAGAUCAUCGGUGUAGCCCAGGAUGUGCAGGAUAUGUCGUUGAGCCAGCUCACGGCACAGCCGAAGGUGUGCGAGCAGCUCGUGCAGCGUGUGCAAAACAUCGGUAAAGUGUGGGAUGAGCAUCCGGACUGGCAUGGGCGCAAUUGGUACGUGCAGGUGCUGCUCGCGAUCGCGAGCUUGAGCCGAGUGGUGGAAUGGUGGGAGGCGGAGAAACAGUUCUGGAACUUCGACGAUAACGAUGAUGAGCAGGAGGAGUCGCUCACGUUCGUCUUGAAGCCGGCGGAGGAGGAGCCCGCAGCGCCGACACCAUCUUUGCGGCAAGAGCAGGCAGGGGGUGGGCAGACGAAGGAGGACGACAGUAGGUUACGGAUGUCGCGGACGAUGAGUCAGCAGCGUCGUUCGCGAGACGAGGUUCCCAAGGAUUUGUCGAUAACUCCGCAUAAGGAACAGGAGCACCCCGCGGUCACUUCGAAGUUUUCUGACAACACGGAGUCUGCUCGGGUAUUGGCUACUGAGCGGUUACGGUUGCAGGCGGAGACCGCCCAGAACCAGAACAUCGUAUUGGAACUUAGUCUCGAUGGUGACCAUUUCAUCUGGAUUAACUAUGCCUGGCGUAACGUCGUCGGGAGUGACCCGGAUGGUCUCAUUGGUACUCGUGUGUCGAGGCUGCUCGCACCUUCCGAUUGGCAUGUCUUCCGUGACGCGUCGCGGCGUCUCCUGGAAGAUGACUCCCGUACCGUCGAGGCUCGAUUCAAACUCAAGGUCUCCGAGCCCGAAAUAGACUCGUCACCAAGCAAUGUUCUGUACCAGCAGAUGGAGGGCAAGGGUAUGCUCAUGAUCGACCGAGAAGAUGGUACACCCACGCAUACAAUGUGGGUUGUCAAGCCAGUCGGAGUGCCGGAGUAUCUGCAGGCGCCUCCGUCCAUCCUGCUCGAGUCUGGGGAGAUCGGCGAGGAGCUGCCGGCUGCUGAAGCAGGGCAGGUGGGUUUCGGUGAACGGCGUCCAAGCGAGCCUGUCACACCCUUCCCGUUCGCACAGCCGAUCAAUACGGCGCCUAUCUUGUGCCGUAUAUGCGAAUGCACGGUCCCGUCGUGGUUCUUUGAGAAGCACAACGAGACAUGCGCGGAGACGCACCGGCUCGAAGCCGAGAUUGGUGAAUGCAACGAAUCGAUCGCGGAAUUGCGCAAUACCAUAAGGGAUCUGCAGGCUGCGCUAGACCGUUCGUCACCCAUAAACGCACCGGAAUACCGUGGAAUGCCAAUAUUCCAGACGUCGACGUCUCCUGGCUCAUCGUCGCCAUUGCAGAAGCUCCGUGCCCCGAUCAAGUUGAAGAAGAUGACACUCAAGAAAUUCCAACGACACGUGCUUGAGCAGCUCGAGGACAUUUUGCAGCUUGCGAGCGAGGUGUCGAUCCCGGUGCUGAAGGAAGAGGAAUCGUCAGAACCGAUCGAACGACAGCGCAUGCUUUCGCCCGAGUCUGAGCGGAAGAUGUCACAGGUGCGGCGGUGGGUUAAGCCCCAGAUUGAGGAUGCGGCCCUCACGCAGCUCAUCGAGGACGCGGAGCGUGUUAUGCGGCAGAAGAUCGACAAUGUGGUGCGCAUGCAGAAUACCAUCAGGUAUUCGGAGAAGGUACGGCAAGAGUGGGAGGAGCGGGUUGCGCAAACGUUGUCGCAGAUGGAAGAUGUGGACGAGGAGGAGGAAGAAGAGGAGGGUGAAGAGGAGGAGGAGGGCGGAGAGGAUGGCGACCAUUCCAGUAAUACAUCGGAAUACGCGUUCGGUGCUGGUCAAACGACCUCUCCGGAACCGACGCCGUUGGCUUCCGCAUCCCCGAUACUAUUUCCUACUGGGCGAGUCCGGAGUGCGAGCAUCACGACUUCAUCUACUCCCAGCUUGCCGCUUGCCCCAGUUGCCCCUGUUCCAGCAUACCCUAUGCCGACGUUCCAAACUCGUUCGUCUACUCCAUCUUCUGUUUCUUCUCCCCUUGCAUUGGCCCAACCGAUUAUUGCUCCGGAUACCUCGGAAGACAUGCUUCCUCCGAUGGACCUUAACGAGGGUCACAGUCAUUCGACAGUACGGCAGAAACCAUCCCUCGGUGCCUUGGAACCUAGACUACUGGUCACUCCUCCCCUAUCACCCCUUGUGUCACCCGAGGACGCUUCAUCCACGCACCAAAGACGCGGGGGACGGCGGCGGCAUUCAACCGCGGCACAACCCAUUAUUAGCCCCACCAAUUCUAUAUCCAGUACGCCGCUGUCUCCGCGUUUACCCUCUGUCGCGCCGUUGUCGAGAUCGACCCCUACGUCCAUCAAGGACUUUGAGAUCAUCAAGCCCAUCAGCAAGGGCGCAUUUGGGUCCGUCUUCCUCGCGAGAAAGAAAGCGACGGGUGACUACUUUGCGAUCAAGGUGUUGAAGAAGGCGGACAUGAUCGCGAAGAAUCAGAUCACGAAUGUGAAGGCGGAGCGCAUGAUCCUCAUGAAGCAGGCCGAGUCGCCAUUUGUCGCCAAGCUCUAUUUCACUUUCCAGAGCAAGGAGAAUUUGUAUCUAGUCAUGGAGUACCUCAAUGGUGGUGAUUGUGCCGCCCUCAUCAAGUCUCUCGGUUCGUUACCGGAGGAGUGGACGCGCAACUACAUAGCAGAGGUUGUUCUUGGCUUAGAGUAUCUGCAUGAACGUGGUAUAGUACAUCGUGACCUAAAGCCGGAUAAUUUGCUAAUCGACCAGCAUGGUCACCUCAAACUCACCGAUUUUGGCCUAAGUAGGAUCGGUCUGCUGGGUCGUCAAACACGCGAUUCUCAGCUCUCUUUCGACCGCGGCCUACGUACCCGCUCAAGGUACAGUCCGGGAUCUCGACCACCGUCGAUCGAUUCCGCAUAUAUGUCCUCUUCUCCGAUGUUUCCAUCCGAACUGCACCUGGGAGGUUCGUACUUCAGCCAGAGGACAAACUCGGUUCCUCGCCUAGGGUCGUCGCCUUAUGUGUCCGUUUCAGAUGAUGUUAGCGAAUCUAGUGGGUCGGAAUCCUUGCAAGGGUCUGGGCUCUUUCCCCUUCGGAGGACGGCUAGCAGGAACCUUAAUCACAACGAAUCUCCCUUGCAGUCGUUCGCGACAGAACUCACGACCGAUCUCCGCUCACAUCCUACUCCUGGUGGCACGCCCCCUGGCGAACAGAAGGUCGUCGGCACGCCUGACUAUCUUGCGCCGGAAACAAUUCUUGGUCUCCGAGGGGAUGAUGCAGCCGUCGAUUGGUGGGCAUUGGGUGUGAUCACGUACGAGUUCUUGUACGGUAUUCCUCCCUUCCACAACGAUACACCUGAGAAGGUGUUCGAGAACAUCCUCUCCGGACAUAUCGACUGGCAUGAAGAAUAUCUCGAAAUCUCCCCGAACGCCAAGGAUUUCAUUCAACGGCUACUGACACUGGAUCCGACGGAACGCUUAGGUGCCAAUGGCGCCGACGAAGUUAAGGCUCAUCCGUUCUUCAAUGGCAUCGACUGGGAUAAGGUCACGACUACCGAAGCGGCAUUCAUUCCACAGGUGACAGAUCCAGAGUCGACGGAUUACUUCGAUCCGCGAGGAGCCGUGCUGCAAUUAUUCCACGAGCCUGAGCAGCCAACUUCGACUGGAGCUCAUGUCUCUGAAAGUCCUCCUACAGCAGCGGAGGCGAUAGACUCGUCAAUUGUAUCAGCGCCUGCCUCCGUUACCACCCAUGAGGAGCCGGAUGGCGACUUCGGAUCUUUCAGCUUCAAGAACCUCCCUGUCUUGAAGCAGGCCAAUGAUGAUGUGAUCCGUAAGAUGAAGACGGAUCAGAUGGUACCGCUUGCCCACACGCUUUCUGAGCCGACGAACGUCCAUGCUCGGAGGAAGAGCAUAUCAGCACGUGUGAAUUCCAGGAAGCCAUCGAACGUGACGAUCUCGACUGAUACUGUGAGCAAGCCGUCGACUACGAAUCCACCGUCGCCCGCUACAUCGACAUCAUCAAUUGCAUCGUCAAUGUCACGCGGGCCUCCCACCCCUGGCAGUACGGCAGGCAACCACGUACGGAAGCCGUCGGAGUAUGGUACCGUGGAGCGUUUCAAGCUCAAUCACUUGGAAGGCGAUGUCUUGCGACGGAAUUCCAUGCCCAGUCGGCUGAGAACUGCCUCAGUGUCGACCACAGGCGAAAGCUGUGUUUCAUCGGACGCGUCAUGGCCGACGACGACACAGCUGCCUCUCCAGUAUGAGCUGGGCAGCCCGCCAUCAUCGGUUGCUUCAAUAGAUCUGAAGAAGGCACCGGACCCCAGUGAUCGCGCUGUCACUUGUUUGUUGGCUGAAGAUAAUCCGAUCACUGCAAAGAUCAUCGAGACGUUACUCAUUCGUCUUGGAUGUCGGUGUGUUGUGGUGGCGGACGGCUCUGAGGCGAUUAGCGUCGCUAUGGGUGACAUCAAGUUUGAUUGUAUCCUGAUGGACCUUCAUAUGCCUAUACUUGAUGGCGAAGGAGCUGCGCGAUACAUCAAAAACACCAACAACAAGAACCAACACACGCCAAUCGUCGCUGUCAGUGCCUAUAGUGGAUCGGAUUCGUUCGAUGUCAACAAGGACCUGUUUGCGGCGUAUAUCUCGAAGCCGGUGCAGAAGGCGGACCUAUUGACUGUGAUGCGGCAGCUAGGGUUCAAAACGUCGACCGUCCAAGGGCAAGCGCGUCCGCAUGGCCAUGGACAGACUUCAAAAGUCACCAUGGCUCGAUAACAUCUACUUAUGAAUCAUGAUUUUUCCGUUCGUGCAUUUCUGCUGAUUAACACUGCCUCUCGUUCUCUCUAUAUCCUCCGGUGAACUGCUCCGUUCGGUUUCUCCCAUACAUGCAUGCCCACACAUCAUUCACCACGCCUACUACUGUCAUUAACAUCAUACUGCAUAUCAUCAGCAUCAUUCCCCCGCAUCCCACCUCGCUGCAUAUCAUCUCUUCAUUGUACUUAGGC